GACGCGCACGGGCUCUGUUCAAAACACGUUAAUCCACAUUUGAGUUAAAUAACAUUUUAAGAUUGAAAAAUACAUCUAUUUACGUGAUCCGUGUGGCAUUUGUGAGUGUUUUAUCAGGUUUUGAAUGGAGGAGCAGACGGUAAAUCAACUGGACAACCUGCUGCUUCAGUUAGGUAUAGAAACUCGAGAACUCGCUCAGAAGAAGGAUGACCUCAAACAGCAAAUACAAAUUUGUGAGUCCAGCAUUCAGGAGAAGAAGGAUUACAGUGGCACAACUCACAAGAUCAUCAGCAAACUCAAUGAGGAGAUCCAGCACAAACAAAACACUUUGAGGUUUAUCAAAGACAACUCUAAAAAUCUCCAGCGAACAGGACAUCUGCUGCUUCAGUACGAAAAGACGCUGGAAGCCGAGCUAGAGACGAGACAGGACAGCUAUAAUCAAGACAUGAAAAUCUUCCAGGAGAGAAUGGAGAGCUACAGGAACGUGUUUCAGCAGUAUAAGGAUCGAUACUGUCAGAACUCACUGGCCCAAAAACUGCUGAAGAUUCAAGCUGAGAAAGAGGAAAUCGAGAGGAGAAUCAGAGCAACGGAAGAACAGAUACUGGAAAAAGAGAGAGAACUGAUGGCAGCACUGGGUAAUUCACCUGUUUUCAAGUAUCUAAGAGAAAGUACUAGUUUGAGACCGAUAACUGUUGGAUCUGUUAGCAACAGUCCCAGUUCCUCACCUGGACGGCAGGAGAUCUCAGACACCAAGUCGCCCGCUUUUGUCUUCUCCAUGAAUUCUGGUCCAAGCACACCUGCGUUCUCUAAGCUGGGCUGUGAUUUUGCAGCAGAAGAGGCAUCUCCAUUUACCUUCACACGCUCCUAUUUCAGCGACAAGAAGUCACCAGGAUCAGCACCCAAGUUCUCAGGUUUCCUGUUCGAUGAAGCCGAGAGUCGUCAAGAGGAGUUUUCCUUCUCGUUUGGGACGGAGAGCCCUCGGCAGAACUCUUCCACACAGGACACGGCAGGAUCUGCGGAUUCAUUUCCAUUUUCAUUCAGCUUUGGAAAAAUGUAACUUCAUUAACAUAAAUUUCCACCUUACAGCUGUACUUCA